UCCAUCUAAUCUCGCCUCUCUGUGUAUGCUGAAUUCCCCGCCUCCCCACUUUUCAACAAGCGCACUGCUAUUUUUAGCACUGCCACGGAUUAAUGUAAAGUGGCGCAUAGACCGUGAACCGGACUGUCCACAAGCAUUGUAGGACCUCGCUCGGUAUCGGUGAGUUACUUGUCACGGAAACCACUUGGCACGGAUUCGGAAAUCGAGUGGGGGGAAUGAUGACAAACCCCAUGUACCCGUUUCUGGCUUUCUUUUCCUAAAGAAACAUUUUCAAGGAUGCUGCUUUCGAAGCGGAUCGAACGAGAACCCCGGCCCUCGCUCCUGCCCGUGGUUCUCCUAUGUUUCAUUCUCGCCACUGUCAGUGCCAGCAUGCCAGCUGGGGGUAAGUGCCCGUACCACAUAGACUGUGCCCGUGAGGGGCGGCACUUCUGCAAACCUGGCACCUCCUACUGCGGCCCCUGCCUCACCCCAUUGGAAGAGAACGAGGAAGGACAGUGUGUAGCAAGGAAGAGGCGCCAUCACCAUGGUCAAGUGACAGCCUUCUCUGAUCUAGAUGAAGAGAUUGACUUCCUUCACUCAGUCAUUGCCAAACAGGAAGUGUCAGAGGUCAAACAAUCAAAACAAUCAGACACCCCCUCCAAGGCAGUUCCUAUGACUCAGACAAAGUUUCCCAGACAGAGAGGCAAGGCCCAACCUUCUGCGGAGCAGCCCACUACCGCAGCACCCUCUACCCGGACCCCGCAGCCUGCCACUGGGGUUCUGGAGAGGGUGGGACCGGGGGGACCUGGAGGCCCCAUAGCCAUCCCAUACCCCUCCAAGGACAGUCUCCUUGUCAUUAUGAUCUCUGUGUGUAUCAUCUUUGGCACUGUGGCCCUGAUCUUGGCUACAGUUUGCUGGGUAAGGUUGCAGAAGGAAUCACGUCUGGCCCAGAAGGUAGAUUACCCUGCAUUUGGAGGCAAUGGAAAUGGAACAGCCAACAGGACUUCAUCGGGGGAUAAGAAGUUGGCCCAGAGUGCUCAGAUGUACCACUACCAGCAUCAGAAACAGCAGAUGCUCUCCAUGGAAAAACAUAAAUCGGAGACGAAAGUCACUGACUCAGAAGUCACGUCAGAUGAGGAAGAAGUGGGUGGAGACUUCACUGUGUACGAGUGCCCUGGCCUUGCACCGACUGGAGAGAUGGAAGUGAAGAAUCCUUUGUUUGACGACUCUACCCUACACUACCAAGGGAAUCCCAAGGGAAUCCCAUAGGCUUUAAUGCAUGUUGGAACACGCAGACACCACACACACAGAAACAUACACCCAAUGAAAACACAAUACAAACCUACACACACACACGCAAUUUCUUUACUCUGGAAAAGACCAGCUUAACUCUCCAAUCAGGUUGCUCUCUCAAAACUGGACAGGCUUAUACAGAUGUCGGAUCUUAAUUUGAUGCAUUUUGUUGAAGAAGGAAUCUGCAGCAGGAAGAAUUGAAUGUCUAUUUAAUAUUGAGAAUCAAUACCAGGGGGCAGCUGGAAGCAGUGUUUUGUAGGCUAUACAAUAAUUUAGACUGUAGAUCCACUGACUAAUUGUUGUAUUAUAUGUUCAAGGCAAACAAUAAGCAAAAUAAAUUGGUUGUUAUCACAGAGCCUGUGUGGUCCAGUGGGUACAGCCGCUGACAACGGUAAACAUAUGCUAGAGUAGGCAUGGGUUGGAAUCUGGUCCACUAAUGUCCUUUGAGAAACUAGUACAUUUCUAGUUCAUCUCUGUGGGCUGUACAUUUACUCUUACUCAAGUCAUUUCUGGAGGAAGUAACUUAUUUUUUACUCCAUUACAUUUGACCAAAUUACUUUAGUUACAUAGAUUUUUUAUAUAAUAUUGUCGCUGUCGGAUUACAUUUUUUACAUGACUCGAUACUAUACGUCUGUAUGAACGUUUCACAACCACUUGACCAAUGAAAUGUAUUCAAAAUAGGUUGUCAUCAAAACUCUUAAGUCCAUUGUCUCUCAAAGUUGUCCAUCAAACCCAGUUUUAUCUCCACCACGGCUCUCGAAGUGAAGCGCACGUCUUCAUAUUUUUGUUCUUGGGUUCUUAGCCAGACUCGAUCAGAGGUAAGUUGUACUUUAAUUACCUUCUGCCUUUGUAAUAUUAUAUAUUUCUGAAGUAAGAUAAGUCAUUUCUAAUUAGCUAAUAUAUUAGAAAUAUAGAAAUUAACUAGCUAGCUUUGGCUGACCCAGACUGUGACAGAAAAAGUUUAAUCUCAUGUUUUUAGCUCCCCAUAUGACCUCUGGUGGACAUUCCUGCAGUCAGCACACCCCCUCAAAACUUGAGACAUCUGUGGCAUUGUGUUGUGUGACACAACAGCACAUUUUAGUGGCCUUUUAUUGUCCCCAGCACAAGGUGCACCUGUGUAAUGAUCAUGGUGUUUAAUCAGCUGUCAGGUGGAUGGAUUAUUAUCACUAACAGGGAUGUAAAUACAUUUGUGGGAAAAAAAAUGUAGAUUAAGACUUUUUUUGUCUAUCUGGAAAAUGUCUGGGAUCUUUUAUUUCAGCUCAUGAAACAUGAGACCAACAGUUUAUAUGUUGCGUUCAUAUUUUCGCUCAGUGUAGAUAUCACAUUAGGUUGCCAUUACAAGACAAGCUGUCUAAACUAGAUGCAGCGUCAACAAUGUAGCUAGCUAACAUUAGCAAGAUCAACAGGUCAGUCCACCGCAGCAUCCUCCCACACAUUAUUCUCCCUGUUUGUGUGUGUGUCAUUCUGUUUUUAUGAAAAUGCCUAUAAGCACCUCUUUCAUACAGUCAGUGUAUCAUCUCCGUAAGCUUUUUGUGCCCUAUAGAAAUCAUAUAGAUUGUCUUUAUAUUUAUAGCUUGUAGCGGCAGAACCGAGGCGAUAGGAGAAUGAGCCAAGAAAAUAAAAUACUCUUGAAAGUGGAAAGGAAGGGAUGGAGUAUAAAUACUGUUUUGUCUAGAAGGGAUAAAGCUUUUGUCAAAAAUAUAAAACAUUUCAUAACAGGUUAGGAGGAAUAAGUUAAGGUUAGUAAAAAAUGUUAGGAUUAGAUAAAAUGCAACAAAAAAACUUUGACUUUUGACAUCAAUUUAAUUCAAUAGUAAAAUGUGUCUGAUUUGCAUACUAGUAACACGAUUUGAUAAUGACAUUUCGGGAAUUGAUUGUUUUACUGUUGUAACACCUGUCCAUUCUGAGUGAGAAAUUGAACAUCACACUUGCUGUAAAUAUUUUUGUAUGCAUAUUCACAUGUACUUGAAAUGAUAUUGUGAUUGUCAUUAAUGCUAUUGAAAUUGUACAAUUAUUCCAAU